UCACGUGAAGAAGAACUCCGGCCCACCAUGGCGGCAGUGACAGAAGGUGAGAAUGAAAACGGACACAGCCGUGAACGCGGUGCCGUGGGACUCAAACAGCGGAUUCACAGACGGCACCAAGCGCUGACGGAAGCUGCGGAGCGGAGGAGGGAGGCCAGAGAUGGCCGGUCUGUGCCCGAGGAGCAGAGUGACUACUUCUCCAACGCUUUCAACCAUGAGCGCGCACAAAUCGAGGAGCUCCUGAGGAGGUGCUACGGAGCGGAGCGGACAUCCGCCUUCGAGAUCCUGGACCAGGCCAAACUCAGAACGGAGCAGCUACAAAAGUUUCUCAAAGACAGCUCCGGGUUCCUGAAGAAUUACGAGCUGCAGCAGGCGCAGGAUGCUUUCAGGAAGCUUCAGAGCUCUCUGGAGGAGACCAGGGAGGAGGUGCUGCCAAAGAAGAAGUUCGCCUUCAAGGCUCGGAGCAAAACCUCCGAACCCACCCCACAGCAAACUCCUGGUAGUGAUGAGGCUGCUGCUGAUGAUGUUGGUGGCACCCAGGUGGAUGGAGCUGUAACUGUGGAGCAGUGCGGUUUUUCCAAUAUGGAGAAUGCCUUUCUAACCAAGACCGCCGAGGAGAUCCAGAAACAAGACGUGCUGCUGACCCAUCUGACCAACUGCAGGGUCCGCCUGAAAGGUUGUCCCAGCACGCUCCACCUGAAGGACAUCGACGGCUGCGAGAUCCUGUGUGGGCCCGUGUCCAGUUCCGUGUUUGUGGACCGGUGUCAGAACAGUAUGCUGGCCUUGGCCUGUCAACAGCUGCGCACCCACAACACCACUGACACACAGGUGUACCUGCACGUCACCAGCCGAGCCAUCAUAGAGAACUGCCGCGGUGUCGGCUUCGCCCCAUUCUCUUGGUCCUACCCAACCCUGGAAGAGGACUUUAGAUUGUCCAGCCUGGAUCGGGGCCGAAACAACUGGAACACAGUGGAUGACUUCAACUGGCUGGCUGUAGGAACGCCUUCCCCCAACUGGUCUGUCAUUCCGGAAGAAGACAGGAAAAUCAGCUGGGACCUGUAGAGUCCAAUCCC